AUUUCGCAAGUUAGUGGUCAAUUUGUACUACGUAAAUCUUUUAGACCAAAGGAAGCCCGCCUCUCUGUGGCAAAAUCGUCAUUGGAUGAAACGGCUGUCAAUCACCAGGGAUAUAAAUACGGGAGGCGGUCGGCUUCUCCCUUAGGAAGGCCAGGACACCGCGGCGUUCCUGGAGUACCGCGGCGCGAGUGGAGCCGGCGAGACGCUGUGGUAAUAUCUGACCUCGAUAGUAACCGCAGUAGGAAAGCAAAGGGGCCUCUCCUUGCCUCUUUUCCCUCUCGCUGCCGGGCAGGCAUGAUGGCGGGAGCCGCGGCGCCAGGCGCCGGCGGGGAGGUGAUGGCGGCGGCGGCGGCGGAAGGCUCCGCGGCUCCAGCGGGCUUAGCUCCCGGUCGCGGCUUCUCGAGCUACCGGCCCUUCGAGCCCCAGGCGUUGGGCCUCAGCCCGAGCUGGCGGCUGACGGGCUUUUCCGGCAUGAAGGGCUGAGGCUGCAAGGUCCCCCAGGAGACGCUGCUCAAACUCCUGGCGGGACUGAAGCAGCCGGCUGAGCGGCCCCCGCCGGGCCAGGCCUUGGGUGGCCAUGAAGAGGCGGCCCUGGAAGCCGGCCUGCCGCUCCAGGCGAACCCCAGCCCGACCUUUCCCGCCCUGGGCAUCGGGAUGGACUCCUGUGUCAUCCCCCUGAGGCACGGAGGCCUGUCCCUGGUGCAGACCACGGACUUCUUUUACCCGUUGGUGGAAGAUCCCUACAUGAUGGGGCGCAUCGCUUGUGCCAACGUGCUGAGUGACCUCUAUGCCAUGGGCAUCACCGAGUGUGACAACAUGUUGAUGUUACUCAGUGUCAGCCAGACUAUGACUGAGGAGGAACAAGAAAAGAUCACCCCCAUGAUGAUCAAAGGCUUUCGCGAUGCUGCGGAGGAAGGCGGGACCGCCGUGACUGGGGGACAAACCGUGGUAAACCCCUGGAUCAUUGUGGGUGGGGUCGCCACGGUGGUGUGUCAGCCAAAUGAAUUCAUAAUGCCCGACAGUGCAGUUGUGGGGGAUGUGCUUGUGCUAACCAAACCCUUAGGAACCCAAGUUGCGGUCAAUGCCCACCAGUGGCUGGAUAAUCCUGAACGAUGGAAUAAGAUCAAGAUGGUGGUUUCCAGAGAAGAGGUAGAGCUGGCCUAUCAGGAAGCUAUGUUCAAUAUGGCUACCCUGAACAGAACGGCUGCUGGAUUAAUGCACACAUUUAACGCCCAUGCUGCCACAGAUAUCACAGGCUUUGGCAUUCUAGGACACUCCCAGAACCUUGCAAAACAACAAAGAAAUGAGGUGUCCUUUGUCAUUCAUAAUCUGCCAAUCAUUGCCAAGAUGGCUGCCAUCAGCAAGGCCAGUGGGCGCUUUGGACUCCUUCAAGGUACCUCAGCAGAAACUUCUGGGGGUUUACUGAUUUGUCUGCCAAGGGAACAGGCCGCUCGCUUUUGUUCUGAAAUCAAAUCUUCCAAGUAUGGAGAGGGUCACCAAGCAUGGAUCGUCGGCAUUGUGGAAAAGGGAAACCGGACUGCCCGUAUUAUUGACAAGCCUCGAGUUAUUGAGGUCCUACCUCGUGGGGCCACUGCUACUGCUCUUGCUCCAGACAAUUCCAAUGCUUCUUCCGAGACUAGCUCAUGAAAUGGAAUAGCAGAAGUUGUUUGGACUGUAGAGCCUUUGUACACAAUCAUGGACGAUGAUCAAGAGUUGAUUUUAAGAAGAAAUUUCCAAAGAAGGCUGCCUGCAUAGUAGUUCCACAGUUGCCCAUUCUAGGUCAUUUGAAUCAGCCCAUCAUAAGCUGCACAUUUGGACUUAAGGGAAAGGUUUGCUCAACCCAUGUGUAGAAGAGGAGCAAAAAAACCUGUUUCCUCUUCCCAAUAGCAAGAUGACGAUCUUCUGGUUUAAGGGAUUUUUGUUGGCACUGGGUUGAUUCAUUUCUGCACAGGGAGUGAGAUUAAAAUUACAUACCAAAAAAAAAGUAAAUUGCAAAAAAAAUUUAGAUCAGAAGCAAAUAAGUUUGGACCAAUACUGUUGAUAAAUGUAAAUUGUUAAGAGAGAUCUUAUAAAGCAAUGUCAAAUUCUUUAUUAGAUUUUUUCUGAAAUACUGUCUCUUUCCUGCUCUGGACAAGAAUUGAGCAGCUUGUCCAUUGACUGGGAAAGGAGGACCUGCAACCAUCUGACUUGGCCUCUGUUAAUGAUGUCUCUCUCUCUAAACCCCUUUAAGGACUGGGAGAGACAGAGCAAGCCCCAGAGCCCAGGCCUUGGUGGUCAUUAAAAUGUUAAAUUUUGUGCUGAAAAUUCCUGGUGAUUUAAUCUAUAAAGUAAUUUCUAGUGAAAUAAAUAAAAAGGACUUCGUUGAAAAUUC